UGUGUGUCCCCAGCCCGGUGUGUGUGUGUGUCCCGGUGUGUGUGUGUGUCCCCUGCCCGGUGUGUGUGUGUGUCCCCUGCCCGGUGUGUGUCCCCUGCCCGGUGUGUGUGUCCCCAGCCCGGUGUGUGUGUCCCCAGCCCGGUGUGUGUGUGUGUCCCCUGCCCGGUGUGUGUGUGUGUCCCCUGCCCGGUGUGUGUGUGUGUCCCCUGCCCGGUGUGUGUGUCCCCAGCCCGGUGUGUGUGUCCCCAGCCCGGUGUGUGUCCCCUGCCCGGUGUGUGUGUCCCCGCACGCAGCCGCCGCUCCGCCCCGGUGUGCCCGGUGCUGUCACAUGCGUGUGAACGUGCUGGGCCCUGUGCACCCGUCAGUUCGCAUCCAUCACCCCGAGGCCCGUGGCGCUCGCCCCGACGCCCGCGUGUUCCGCUCCCCGUGCGCAGCCACGGACGGCGGGGAGUGCCCGCAGCGCCCCGAAAACCUCGGCAAGCGGCGUUCGGGAGCAGCGCUGCGGCUGGCACCCGCCUCCCCCGUGCCGCCUUCCUGCUCUCCUCCAUCCCUGCUGCAUCGCCUCCAUCCCUGCUCCAUCCCUGCUCCAUCCCUGUUCCAUCCCUGCUCCAUCCCCUCCAUCCCCUCCAUCCCUGCUCCAUCCCCUCCAUCCCCUCCAUCCCUGCUCCAUCCCUGCUCCAUCCCAGCUCCAUCCCAGCUCCAUCCCAGCUCCAUCCCUGCUCCAUCCCUGCUCCAUCCCUGCUCCAUCCCUGCUCCAUCCUUGCUCCAUCCCUGCUCCAUCCCUGCUCCAUCCCUGCUCCAUCCCUGCUCCAUCCCUGCUCCAUCGCCUCCAUCCCUGCUCCAUCCCUGCUCCAUCCCAGCUCCAUCCCUGCUCCAUCCCCUCCAUCCCCUCCAUCCCUGCUCCAUCCCUGCUCCAUCCCUGCUCCAUCCCUGCUCCAUCCCAGCUCCAUCCCUGCUCCAUCCCUGCUCCAUCGCCUUCCUGCUCUCCUCCAUCCCUGCUCCAUCCCUGCUCCAUCCCUGCUCCAUCCCUGCUCCAUCCCUGCUCCAUCCCCGCUCCAUCCCUGCUCCAUCCCUGCUCCAUCCCCGCUCCAUCCCUGCUCCAUCCCUGCUCCAUCCCCUCCAUCCCCUCCAUCCCUGCUCCGUCCCUGCUCCAUCCCUGCUCCAUCCCUGCUCCAUCCCUGCUCCAUCCCCUCCAUCCCUGCUCCAUCCCUGCUCCAUCCCCUCCAUCCCCUCCAUCCCUGCUCCAUCCCUGCUCCAUCCCUGCUCCAUCCCCACUCCAUCCCUGCUCCAUCCCUGCUCCCUCGCCCCCACCCCUGCUCCUCGGGGAGUCCUCGGGCCGUGGCCGGGCGUUGGUGGCCCGGAGCCCUACGAGGGCCGCGGCACGUCCUGGCCCUCCGGAGCGGCUCCCGCUCCCCGCUCCCAGCAGAGCCGGUCCCAGCAGCCCUGGGGCAGAGUUACCCAACCCGUCUGCCCGCUCCCGCCGCUUUCCCAACCAGCCCGGAGCAGCUCCGGCUCUUCUUGCCUUCACCCUCUCAAGAGCCCUUUCUGCGAGGCCAUUUACAUCAUUUUGGUGCUUUUGCUCAAGGAAUUGUAAUUCCGUUUCAAAGGAAAGAGGGAGAGAAGCAACCGAUGCCAGAGGACGAGUGGUGCAGUAAUAACAGCGUCGGAGCGGGAGGAAGAGCCGUGCCCCGUGGCCAGAGCAGGGAUGGAGCACCCAGAACCCCAAAAGCCCCCGUGGAACCCUGCUGAGGACCCCCGGGAGACCGCUGGGAACCCAGUGAGGGUCAUAACCCACUUUCAUACUGGGGAAACUGAGGCACAGCUGCUCCACAUAGUUUCCAAGGAGGUUUCAUUGGACACGGGCACACACAUCCCCAUGAGCCCAUCGGCAUCAGCGUGACACCGGUGACCGGUUAUUGACUUUGCCCUGUCACCCAAAGCACCGGAAAACCUGGAACUUGGCUGGACCCAGCCCUUGCACAGGGCCGGGAAUAGAAAACCGGUCGGAGAACUUUUCUUUCUCCAGCAGCCGCAGAGCGAGCGCGUGACCUUGGGCUGAGCUGCGCUGAGCCUUUCCUCGGCUCUGCAGAGAGGGAGGGGGCUCGCCCAUCCCAAACUGCUCCGAGAAGGGAGAGGGAGGAGAGGAUUGUGCCCUUCCCGCCUUGGGGGUGGUGGGAAUCCAUCCUUCACCCAUCCUGCUUCUGCUCCUCUGCAGAUCUCACAGUGCUGGAGCGAUUUCCAGCCCAUCCUAAAGCCCAGCUGCACCCCCAGGUCACGGACCCCUCUCCCCAGAACAGCCAGAGGGAUUCCCUGGGGGUCAGCCUGGGUGUCCCUGGGCUGGGCUUCCCACCCCGCUGGCCAGGCUAAUCCCCACAGAACCGACGGAAAAAGGGAGAUUAAAUUAGAUUAGCUGGA